AUGUUUUCAAAACAUUUUUCUUUCUUCCUUGUUGUCCUUCUCUUCUUCCCUCUCACAUCUCCCUCUUUUGCAGCAGACACCACUUCUUGGGUAAAAGCAGGCUAUUACUAUUCCGGCAAUGAAAUUUCAGCUUCAGAAAUUAAAUCAACACUUUUCACACACCUCUUAUGUGCUUUUGCUUUUAUAAACUCCACAAACUACAACGUCUUUAUUAAUUCUUCUGAAGAACACAAGUUCUCCACCUUCACCAACUCAGUAAAGUUUCAAAACCCAUCUGUUAUAACUCUUCUAUCAAUCUACACCGGAGGAGAAAACUCUUCAGUUUUCAACUCAAUGAUAAACCGAUCUUCUUACAGAAAAUCGUUCAUUGAUUCUUCCAUCAAAACAGCGAGAAAAUAUAGGUUUCAAGGCAUAGACCUUUGUGGAGUCUUACCAAAGCAAGCUAAGGAGCUUGCAAAUUUCGCAACCCUUUUGAAAGAAUGGCGAAACGCGAUAACUUCUGAGGCAAGAAACACUAAGAAAAUAGAGUUAGUGUUGGUGAUGGCAGGUUAUUAUAUCAAUGCAUCAGAUUCAUUUAGUUAUCCAUUUGAAUCAAUGCAGAAGAAUUUGGAUUGGGUUCAUUUUGUUGCAUAUGAUUACCAUCUUCCUGAUCAGGAGAGUGUCACAGGUUUUCAUGCAGCUUUAUAUGGUUCAUCUGGUUGGGAAAACACUGAUUCUGGUAUCAAAGAGUGGAGAAAGAGAGGGUUUUCUUCAAACAAACUUGUAAUUGGUUUACCUUAUCAUGGAUAUGCAUGGAGACUUAUGGAACAAGGUGAAGGGGGUGUUGGAAAACCAGCUUCAGGUCCUGCUAUUACUAAGGAUGGUUCUAUGGGUUAUAAGUGGAUAAAAAGUUACAUUAAAAGCUUUGGAGAUGGACUAGUUUCAAACUAUAAUGAUACUACUGUGGUCAAUUAUUUCACCGUUGCUUCCAUUGCUUGGGUUAAUUUUGAUGAUGUGGAAGCUAUUAAAGAAAAAGUUUCUUAUGCAAAGAAAAAUGGAUUACUUGGUUACAAUGUGUUCCAAGUUGGGAACGAUCAUAAUUGGGUCCUUUCAAUGGCAGCAGCUCAAGAAGUAGAUGAAGAUCAUCAUAACAAAAAAUCACUGAUAAUUGUUCUGCUUACAAUUAUGACUGUUGCUCUUCUCUUGGGAACAGUAUUUUAUUGCUACUACUACCAAAGAACCAUAACCAUUAUUACAAAAAUGAUAUACAAAUUGAAGAUAUACUUAUCCUCAGCUGAAGAAGAUGUUGAUGAAGAGUCUUAUGAUUUGAUAGUAUUUGGUUAUGUCACAAUUAAAGUAGCAACAGAUAACUUCUCAAAAGAAAAUAAGCUGGGAGAAGGUGGAUUUGGUGCAGUGUAUAAGGGAAAAUUACGAAAGGAACGGGAAAUAGCCGUCAAAAGACUAUCAAAAACCUCAACUCAAGGACUUGAAGAGUUCAAAAAUGAAAUCAUGCUUACAGCAAGACUACAACAUGUUAAUUUAGUUAGACUUUUGGGUUACUGCACGAAAAAGAAUGAGAAGCUUCUCAUCUAUGAAUACCUCCCAAAUAAAAGCUUAGAUCAUUUUCUCUUUGAUCCAAGGAAAUCAAGUCUUCUAUAUUGGAAGAAACGUGUGAAUAUCAUUGAAGGGAUUACUCAAGGCCUUAUUUAUCUCCAAGAGUAUUCGAAUUGUACUAUAAUCCACCGAGACCUUAAGGCUAGUAAUAUUUUGUUAGACAGUGAGAUGAAUCCUAAGAUAGCCGAUUUUGGUCUUGCUAGAAUUUUCGGAAAGAAUGAACUUGAAGCAAAUACAAGUAGGAUCGUGGGAACAUAUGGGUAUGUACCUCCCGAGUAUGUCAGAAAAGGCAUAUAUUCACUCAAGUAUGAUGUUUAUAGUUUUGGAGUCCUUCUCUUGCAAAUCAUAAGUGGGAAGAGAUCUUCAUAUUAUUACGGUCCAGAUGAAAAUAUGAACCUUUUAGAAUAUGCAUAUGAGCUAUGGAUGGAAGGGAGAGGUGUGGAGUUUUUGGACCCUUCAUUGGAUGAUUCAACAUCUGAUUGUAAAAUCAUGAGAUGCAUGCAGAUAGGUCUUUUGUGCGUUCAAGAUAAUUCGGCAGAUAGACCUUCUAUGUUAGAAGUUGAUUCACUUAUCAAGAACGAAGGCACACUCGUCGAUACUCCCAAAAUGCCAGCUUUUUCGAUGAAAAAACAUGGAUCUAACUCCAGAUUAAAAUUUCCUUCAAUCAAUGAUGUUACAAUUUCAGAGAUGGUAGCAAGAUAA